CUUUCGAGGCCGUGUAACAGAAUAUCUGACAACACUAAAUUGUGCAUCCCUUCUGGGUCACAGUUGAUACGGGCAGCGUUCCGUCGAAACUUGGGAUCGGAAGAAGCGCGGUCUGCGUUGACUAGAUUAGAUCCAAUCGCUACAGCCUGCAAAUCGGAGCAAUUUCCUCUUAAUGACAGCAACAUGACUCUCAUAUAGCUAGCUUCCAGAUAGUAAUGCGCUACCUUUUUGGAAAAGUGGUCGUUUGCUCUCCGCCGGAUGCUGAGGAUGCGCAGAGGCUGCUGAUCCUGGGUCAGCAGUAGAGGAGCCCUCCUGGGGAAAGGCUGAGCAGGCGUUCCAGAGGCGACAGGGGACCCCUUGGCCACGUCACGCGGGCGGCGUUGGAUGCGGCAGGAGAGAAAAGCGGCAGAGGAAGGAAGAGCGAACCGGGCCCGCCGCGCCCCUCCCCCGACGACCUCCGCGCUUUGAUGACAGGGCGAGAUGGAAGGGUAAGGGGGGCGGGACUAGACGGCACGACGAGUGGGAGGAGCCAGAGGGCCGGCGGCUGCGGGCGAGGCGCAGGGGGCGCCCCGGGGCGAGACCAGGAGCCACCAUUUCCCGGGUGGCGCUGCGGGCGCGACGGAGGAGCGCGCUGUCCCGCCUGGAGGUGCUGUGGAGGAUGACCAGCCUGUUCCGGCGCACCAGCGGCGGGGGCGGCGGCAAUGGCGGCCCGCGGGCCGACGCGGACGCUGCCGAGCUCAACAACAGCCGGCCAGCACGGCAGGUCCGCCGGCUGGAGUUCAACCAGGCCAUGGACGACUUCAAGACCAUGUUCCCCGGCAUGGACUACGAGGUCAUCGAGUGCGUGCUGCGUGCCAACAACGGUGCCGUGGACGCCACCAUCGACCAGCUGCUGCAGAUGAGCAUUGAUGGGCAGGCCUCCGACGACAGCUCUGACACCGACGACAGCAUCCCUCCUGAGAUUCUGGAACGGACGCUGGAGCCAGACAGCUCUGAUGAGGAGCCCCCUCCCGUUUACUCCCCGCCCACCUAUGACAUGCACAUCUAUGACAGGAAAUACCCGGAAGCUCCGCCCACUCCGCCACCCAGGUUUGAGGCCCAGCCCCCUCCCGGUCACCGGCAGGUUCGCAGCUACAGGGAUUGGAACCCUCCGUUGCUAGGCAACCUGCCCGAUGACUUCCUGAGGAUCUUGCCCCAGCAGCUGGACAGUGUGCAGAGCUCCCAGAGCAGUCUCUCCUUGCCAUCCUCCUCCUCCUCCUCUUCCUCGCUGUCCACCACGGCACAGCAGGUUGCGCUGGGGGGCGGGGCCGCGGCCGGGGCUGGGACUGUUGCCACGGGGACAGAGCAGGAGCGCAAGCUGAAGCAGUACCUAGAGGACGAGAGAAUCGCCCUCUUCCUGCAGAACGAGGAGUUCAUGAGGGAGCUGCAGCGUAACCGCGAGUUCCUCAUCGCCCUGGAGAGAGAUCGGCUGAAGUAUGAGUCAAAGAAAUCCAAGUCCAAUCAUUCAUCUGCUAGCAUGGAGAAUUCCACAGCAGGAGAGCACUGCGCCUCGGGCUCGGGGGAAACCUGCAGCGCGGUUUCAGAUGACGCCUUGUUCCGAGACAAACUCAAGCACAUGGGCAAGUCCACCAGGAAGAAGCUUUUUGAAAUAGCCAGAGCGUUUUCUGAGAAGACCCGAAGGAGAAGGACGAAACGAAGAACACUCCUUAAACACCAGUCACUGGGCACCGCUGCCUCCACAGCCAACCUCUUGGAGGACGUGGAGGGAAACCCAUGCGAGGAGGAGAGCCAGCUCAGGAGACGGGAUGCUCAGGAAGAGGAGGACCCCCGCCAGGAAGCGUCGUCAUGAUCUGUGCAGACGGUUCCUGCAGGUUUUCCAUGGCAGCAGUGGAAUUACCUAAGGUUUUGACUCCUCCUAUCUGACCCAGACCAGCCAAUCCUAGGCCUGCCAGUGCUAUGGAAGACACCCUCGAACACCACGCCCAGUUGAAGAGGAACUGCACUGCGCUGUACUUGUUUUGUCAAGGCACCCCCAUUUCCACUCUGGACUAAGUCUAAUACUGAAUGCUGAUUUGAUUUGAUUUUAUUUGAUUUCAUAUGCGAGGCUAACUAACAAAGCAGUAAUCCAUUUUUUCACAACCAUUUUUUGUAUUAUUUCCCUGAAAUAGAAAAACGAUUAUGAUAUGAUUAUGGUUAUGCUUUCGCAGCGUGACCUAGUUCUGUCUUUCUCAUUUAACAUUGCUUUACAGCCCAUGUGAUGGCUCCCUGGGCAGGUGGUUUUAGAUAUUAACAUACAGGGGCAGCCAAGACUGUAGAUGUGAUCCUGGCCAAAAGCAGUGAGACUCCAUGUUCAAGUGCAGGCUCUUCUGCUCAUAUGUUGCUGAUGGAUAUAAGAUGGCCCUUUGCUGUGGCUCAACUCUACGGCAGCCACUUGAAUCAAAGCCUGCCUAUAAGUUCCUCUCAUGUAUACUGAGGUGCAGUAAAUUUAGCUACUUGGCUAGAAUUUCCUCUCCGGAAUGCAUGGGUUGAUACCAGCAAACCGAAAUUGUCUCCUGUUGCAGUAGGUUAUAUUUCAAAUUACCUUCUUGGUCAUAGAUACUGAUACAGGUCUUUGUUGUCGAUGCCAAAUUUUUGCUUAAGAAAAAAAAAACGUUUUCUUUCAUGAUGUCACCACAGAUUACACUAAUUGCCAUUUCCAGGCUGCUCCAUGAGGUACACUGAAAAUAAACCUGACUGAGAGAAUGAAAUAAUACACACAAUGCACACAAUGAGCUGGUACUGUCAGUUCUGUACUGCUGUGUCUUACAAGAUCAAUGCUGUUUUUUAACAUAGCAGUUCUCUCAUUUUAAAGGGGCACUCAUAUAGUUAGAAGCCAAUGGUUUAUUAUGAUGCAAGAUUGUUUGCUCCUAUGGUAUACGCCCUCUGUUGCAUUCUGGUUACUAUGCGUAUGACUGGGUGAGAGGAAUACCCUGAGUCCGUAAUGGCAGUACAUAUUAAUGAGCAGCCUGACCUUGAAUAUAUUUGUUUUUUGUUUUUUUUUUUUUUGUUUUUUUUUUUAUUCCAUAUAGUAGUAAGUCUUGAAUUCAGCUCAUUUCUGCUAAUCAGUCAAGCAGAUGUUGUUGGCCUGAGCCAGGUCUCCUUAAUGGACAUUACUGAGGCAGAGCUGCUGCUUCAGCACUGGUGCACACGUAGUUGAAAAAAAGACACGAACAGCUCAAAGAGAGCUAUAGCUGAUAAAAUGGGAAUGAAUCUUUUAUUUCGAAAUGCAAUUGCUUAAAAGGAAAGAGUGCUUAAAUAUUGAAUGAGUCACUGUCUCUGUGGCAAAGAUGGAGAGCGAGCUUCUCUCCUCUCACUCUGGUGCCCAGAAUGCACUGCAAGAUGGGGCUUAACUUUUAGUAGAACAUAGGUAGAGUGAGGAAUCUUGUGUCAUGGAAAAAGAUCUUCACCAGUGUUACUGUCCUUAUUGUAAUUUAACAAUUAGAAAUAUUUUAUAGAGAAAAGCCAAAAUAUUUACCAGUUACAGAUGGCUAUGUUGUAAAAUAAUACAGAAAUGCAUAGUGAAAAAUAGAAUUCUGUGAUGGGGAGAAAAAGGAGAAAGAUCAAAAAUUUGCUUUGAAACUUUUGUUUGAUAUGUGAAGGUUUAUUUAAUUGAACAGAAUAAAAUAUGUCAUUUAUUUGUCACUAAAGACUGAUUGGACUACAGGCCUGCGGCUUUUGUUGAAUGGUCCUCGAUAAGCUUGUUCCAAUGAUCAGUCAAUGAACGAGUUGAAUGGGACGUAUGUGUCUGUUUUGUUUGUCCAUUUCGCUGUUACCACGGGCCAGAUAAAUCAGUGCAUAUUGCAGUGCCACCCUUCAUGAAGUGGUUUGGAUUUUGAGAAGAUCAUAAUGGGCUCCUGACACGUGAAGAGGUGGACCCAAAUCCGCUGAAUCCCAGAUGUUGACUGGUUAAAGUUGCAUGCGUGCUCUGUAUGAUAGAUUCUAGGAAACGUACAGAAACCAGCGAGCAUAUUCCCUUUAUUUAGAGUUUAGUUAUGUGGGUUGUCUUCACGCCAGUUGUCUGUUCUAUGUGUGUGUGUUUUAGAUAGUGGGCGUUAUGAAAGAAGAGUCAAUUCAGUGCUUCCACAGCCCUGACUCUCUUGUUCUGGAAAACUGUGCCGAUUCCAUGUAAAAGACACAUGCAAAUUAGCUGAAAGGACCACAAGACACAGGGCCAUUCUCUCUGCCUUCUCACAGGCCUGAUUGCAUAACCCAUUUGAACCCUUUACCUGGCUGUGCAGAUGUGCCCAGCUUUUUCUUACAAGUAAAAACCUUUUGCAUUCCCUUACUUUGGAAGCUCAGGGCCGGAGAGAGGAUGGGAUGGAUGUUCUUUAGGACGUCCCCCAUCAAAUGCAUGUUCCCAGUCCCUCUGUAGCUGAAGAGCAGAGUGCCAUAACAGAGGAGAAAUAGUUUUUUUGUUUUUUUUUUUUUUUUUACACUUACGCAGACAUCCGAGUGGAGAGCACAACGAUGCAUCCCCACUGUGACAGACUGUCUCUGUUUGCAGUGCAAAACUGUUCGCCUUUCACCAUUUAGCGCCAGCCUCGUCAUUAGGGCAGGGACACGGCAGGUUCUUUUGUCCUUGUUCCAGAAUCCAGCCAGGCGCCGAUGUGACACGUCAGUCGGUUUCGUUAGAGGAGCAAGCAUACAGUACAUACAGCUGUUGUCUCAUGUGUAAUGCCCAGGGUGAUUUUGCAUGCGUGGAUGAAUUAUUUGUGGACUUAUUAAUGGAUGUAUAGUUAGUCAUUUUAUCAUAAAGAAAGCAUUCGUCACCGACUGUGUGUGUUAUCUGCAGGUAAAUAACUAAUCCGCUCAGGGAAUUUCCCCCAUACUUUCUGUUUUCUGUUCAGAUUUCUCUUCAACUGUCAGGCAGAAGCACAAUUCAACAACAGGUGGUGACCAUAUCAGAGUUUCUGCAAGGAUAAUGUGCAAAACCCUGUGCAUAAGAUGAGCUCCCUGGACAGGAAAAGCAGGAUUCUAGAUCAGUGUUUCCCAGCUGUAGUCUUAGGAGCACACUCUCCUGGUUUAUGUUCUACCUCCUCCUAAUUAAUUGGCCUUGAUGUAGGUGCUGAUUAGGUGCUGAUCUGGGUUUGACAUGACUUGAAAGUUAAAUGAAUUAAAGGUGUUUAUUCAAUAUUUUUGUCUAUUCAUAUUUUGCACUUAAUCCAAGUUAUGGUGACUGUCAAAUAUAAAUGGUUAUUGAGUUAAUUGCGCUAGGCCUUAAAGCAGUUGAACGAUUUUGUUUACAGGGUAAAAGACACCAGAAAUAAGUUGCUUUGCAUGUCUUUUAUGAAUGCUCAACCACGCAACACAUUUCCUUCACAAAAGAUUGCACAUAUUUGUCAAGUGACGUCAGAUCCAGCUCAGUAUUGAAUUAACUGCCUAAUCAAACCUGAUUGACCUAGUUGGAACAAUAACCAGAGAUCGAGGGUUGGAAAACGCUUUUCAGUCUCUUUUAGAGGAAAAACAACCCACAGUUUAACCUAGCUAGGUGGAUUCAUUUCAUUGAAUUUGGCCAGAACCAUCAGUAGUUUACAUCUAUUGUGUCUUCUCAAGUCAUCCAAAUGUUGGACAACAAUUAUAGUUGUUUGUAACUCAUGCUACACUCAC